AUUUCCAAUUAAACAUUUAAAUGACCAGAAAAAGUAAUGGCGGAGCUGUAGAGUUGCAGUCGCCGAUACAAAAAGUUUCCCUCUCCCCACCGCCUUGCGGCGUUCCUCCACCACAAUUUUCUUCCGGAAUCACCGGCGUACGGCAAUCGCAGGCGCUAAUUGCGUGUAUAUGGGGGCAUCAUUGUCGAAUUUGGGGGAAAACGGGUCGGGCAGCGGCGGACCGGGUCUAGGGGAUAUACCGGAGAGCUGCGUUGCGUGCGUCUUUCUCUACCUAUCGCCGCCGGAGAUAUGCAAUUUGGCUCGCCUCAAUCGCGCCUUCCGCAGUGCCGCCUCAUCCGACGCCGUAUGGGAGGCGAAGCUCCCCUCCAAUUACCACCACCUCCUCCAGCUUCUCUCGCAACCCGCUCUUUGUGAAAACCUCUCCAGAAAGGAUAUUUUUGCCUUCCUCGCACGCCCUAACCUCUUCGACGACGCCAACAAGUUGGUAUGGGUGGACAGAUAUGCUGGGAGAGUUUGCAUGUCAAUAUCAGCAAAGGGGUUGUCCAUCACUGGCAUCGACGACAGGAGAUAUUGGAGUUGGGUUCCUACCGAAGAAUCCAGAUUUAACGUUGUAGCAUAUUUACAGCAAAUAUGGUGGUUUGAAGUUGAUGGAUCUGUGACGUUUCCUUUCCCACCAGAUGUAUACACACUGUCAUUUAGGAUACACCUUGGGAGAUUUUCUAGGAGACUGGGGCGUCGUAUCUCUCACUUUGAUCACACUCAUGGCUGGGAUAUCAAGCCCGUAAAGUUCGUGUUAUCUACUUCAGGCGGCCAACACGCAUCAAGUGAGUGCUUCUUAGACGACAUACCAAAGGGUGAUGCUAAUGGGAGUUACAAACGGGGUUGUUGGAUUGAGUACAAGGUGGGUCAGUUCCUAGUCAAGGAGUCGGAUCCGCCCACCGAAGUACGGUUCUCAAUGAAACAAAUCGACUGCACGCAUUCGAAAGGCGGCCUCUGCGUCGAUUCAGUGUCAAUCAUGCCCAGUGAGCUGAAAGAACGAAGAAGCGAACGGAGUUUGCAAUGAAGAGUGGUGUCUGUGUAUGUUGUUUUUGUUUUAUGUAGGGCUUUGUCAUACACUAAUACACUUCGUGAAAAGCAUUUGUAAUUUGGUUGUAGGUAGGUAUGAUCCUCUCUGCCCAUGUAAUCUUUAUUUUGAGGGCUUUUGUAAUUCAUGCAGUUUUGUCUCUAAUGUUUUAAGCAGAUUUUUUUUCCUGCUCCUUUGUAUCAAAAGUGAGAGAGAAUGCAAUUUUUUUAUGAACUUGUA